GGAGGAAGGAUAGUAUAGCACUGGGGGAGACAGGGGUGGAAAAGUGUAAAGCUUUGACAAGAGAGGGGUGAAUGUACUUUUACAGAAUUCUGUGUGAGGGUGAUUUCAAAUUUGAACCAUAACAAAUAUUAUUUGGACAGGCAAAAAUAAUGUACAAGUGGUAGAGAGGAUGAUUCUAGCAUCGUGCUAUAUAUGGAUUAUAAAAAUGGAGAAGUCAAAUACUGCAGGGGAAAGGUGAGGUUAUUAGGCCAAUGUGAUCUGCUUUAAGACAUGGACAGGAUCUUCAUGGGGUUUAGAGUUGUUACAUGGGGAGAACUGGAAGAGUUUGCAGGGAGGCCUGAAAAAAGAUUAGACGGAGUCGAAGAUUGUCUGAGGUUUGAGCUCUGAGAGAUAGUUUUGUUUUUAUCAUUACAGAAAGUAAUGGGGCUCUGGCAUUGAUAUUUAGGUUGGCUGAUGUGAUUCAGAAGAAUCUAGGGUGUCACUUCUUAGAAAGACAGGCUGUGCUUUCAUGAGCAUCUGAGCUAACCUGUUUCACUUGCUGAAAAGGAGCAUGGAAAGGGAAGGUCUUGCUUACUGCAGUGCUCCCAACUGCAGGAUGUGCUAGCCUUGAAAGUCAUCAGAUAUUCCAUGAGCUACUGAUGUCUGCUUUUUUGGUGGUUUUGUUUUGCAUUGAAGUGGCUGAUGGAAAGGUCUGACAAGCAGUGGAGCUGGCAUGGAGUAUGUGGUCAGCCUGCACAGACUUCUGGCAACGGUCAGCUUGCCGUGUCUUGUGGAAUCAUCCAUUAAGGAAUUGCAGUCUUAAGGGCCAUUAUGCUCUCGAAAUAAAAAUAGAAAGGAAAAGCCAAAGCAGUGUAAGAGAAGAUGAAGGAAUCUCUUGUGAGAAACUGUUUUAAGUGAAAAAUUAAAAAGUGAAUCUUAAGUAGACUGGAUGCUGAGCUGACUCAGUUGGUGCUUUGGCUAAUACAUGCUUUCCGGCCCUUUUUCACUCUGCAUAAAUGUGCAUACAUGGAGAAAACCACUAGAGAAAAAAGGGCAUGAGCUCCUUGGCUGUGGAUCAUUGCACAUCAGAAGCCAGCAACCUCAUUCCAUGCAUUUAAAAUCAUCGUGUCUCUGCAGUAUUCAUAGGGCUUGGGUGCUGACAAAAAUCAGGAGUGAAUUACAUGAAUUAUCAUCAAUCAGAAUUCUGUUUAUAGCUUGCACAGAUCUAAGCAUUGAAUAACAUUGAGCAAAGUCACGUUAAAGGAAAUGAGUUACUUCCUUAGAUGGUGUGAAUGUUCUGGGUGUGGCAUUCAGGUUCAGAUAGGUUUUCUUGUUGGUGUUCUGUCUGAGCUGCCUUACACAGUCCUUGGUUGACUCCCUUGUUUUUGGGGUGGUCAUCAGCUGAGGUCCUUUCCAGUGCAUGUGGUAGGAGGAUGCUCUUUUAUAGGGUAUUAGGAGGUUAAUGGCUUAGGUCCCUUCUGCCCUUCCAUUUAAUUAGUAUUCACUUUCUUAGUGAUGUUUAGGGUCUGCAAGCCAGGCAGUGAACUGUUCUGCUGUUCAAAUGAUAGGAAAACAUUGCUUUGAAGAGUUUACAAUCUAUUCUUAAGUAACUUUAUUAAAAUGACUAGAUUGGGUAAUAGGAUUCUCCCAGAAUGAUGAAAUUCAUCCUCAUACAGUCCAACUUCCAGCGAUACUAUCAGGAGCUGGAGCACAGCCUUUUUCCCAGCAGCAUGUUUAUAGCUGCAUCGCCGAGCUGAAGGAUACAUCCUUAGGUUAAGGUGGUUCCCCUUUGCUAUGAGUAUGAGUGCCAAAAUGAAUGCAGCAAUGAAUUCCAGGUUCAGGGUGGGCUCCACAGUUUGUGGUUGAUGAUAUUAUUCAUGUAGCUUUCUAGAUAUUGAUAAUUGCUACAAACAUUUUUGGAGCUGGGAACCACAGUGAAUAUGUCAGUUGAAAUGUUUGGAUGGCUGGCAUGUUUAGCAACACAGGAAAGAGAUGCAAUAGGUAAAAACCACAGUAGGACUUCAGUUGUUUAUCCCCUUGAAUUGAAACUCAAGCGUUUGUUUUUAAAAUGUUUUCCUUGUAUUGGUCUGCCCAUAAAGCUGAGAAAUGCAACUAGUCUGUUUUAUCAGCACAUUCCAGAGCUGUCUAACAGUGCUCAAAUGCCUUCUGAGCUCUAGCAAGGCAAAAUAACCUACAAAGAUGUGUAAUAAUUUCUUGCCUGUUUCAUCACUUCGUUCUUGACUAGCUGCAUCCCUCAUCUUUUUUUCCUCUCUCCUGAAGGACUGCUGGCCUCUGAGGAGUGCUGGUGCACGAGCAGAAUGUGCACAGUGACUGUGGAAAUUCUAGUGAGUGGCUGUACUUUCAGGUUUCCCAGCACAAACAUAAAGAUAACAUUCACUGCUCUGUCCAAUGAGAAGAGAGAAAAACAGGAGGCCCCGGAGUCCCCAGUGAAGCCUGUGCAACCCCAGAUCUCUCCCUUAACGAUAAACAUUCCAGACAACAUGGCUCACCUGAUCAGCCCUCUCCCUUCUCCCACAGGAACUAUCAGUGCUGCAAAUUCCUGCCCAUCUAGCCCCCGUGGUGCAGGCUCUUCAGGGUACAAAAUGAGUCGUGUCAUACCAUCUGACCUACAUUUAAUGGCUGACAACUCUCAGUCAGAAAAUGACAAGGAAGCAUCGGGUGGAGACAGCCCAAAGGACGACUCUAAGCCACCUUACUCCUAUGCACAGUUAAUAGUACAAGCAAUUACAAUGGCACCUGAUAAGCAGCUUACACUAAAUGGAAUCUAUACGCACAUAACUAAAAAUUAUCCAUACUACAGGACAGCAGACAAGGGCUGGCAGAAUUCAAUACGUCACAAUCUCUCUCUGAAUCGUUAUUUCAUCAAAGUACCACGUUCCCAGGAAGAACCAGGCAAAGGCUCAUUCUGGAGGAUAGACCCUGCCUCUGAAAGCAAAUUAAUAGAGCAGGCUUUUAGGAAAAGGCGGCCUAGGGGAGUACCUUGCUUUAGAACCCCUCUGGGACCACUCUCUUCUAGAAGUGCCCCAGCCUCUCCUAAUCACUCUGGAGUUCUGUCUGCACACUCCAGUGGAGUCCAGACCCCCGAGAGUCUGUCCCGGGAAGGAUCUCCAGUCCCAAUGGAACCUGAGCCUAGUGCUAUCCAGCCAAAACUAGCAGUAAUACAAGAAGCACGAUUUGCACAGAGUGCCCCAGGAUCACCUCUAUCUAGCCAACCAGUUCUAAUUACUGUACAACGGCAGCUACCACAAACUAUUAAACCCGUCACCUACACUGUUGCAACUCCUGUGACAACAUCAACAUCCCAGCAGCCUGUAGUUCAGACCGUUCAUGUUGUUCACCAGAUACCAGCUGUGUCUGUCACAAAUGUGACUGGAUUAGCACCAGCAAACACUUACACUGUAGCUGGACAGGCAGUAGUCACGCAAGCUGCAAUGGUAACCCAGCCCAAGGUAGAACCUCAAGAGAACGGAGACCACAAGGAAGUAAAAGUGAAAGUGGAGCCUAUACCUGCUAUUAGUCAUGCUACAAUCGGAGCUGCUAGUCGUAUCAUUCAGACAUCUCAGACUACACCUUUACAGACAGUCACUAUAGUGCAACAGGCACCUCUAGGUCAACACCAGCUACCAAUAAAAACUGUAACGCAAAACGGAACGCACAUAGUACCUAUCACCACUGCAAUACAAGGGCAGGGCAAUGCUGCUGCUGCAAGUCCAUUGCAUAUGUUAGCAACCCAUGCGUCCGCAUCGGCAUCGCUUCCAACAAAGCGGCAGAACGGAGACCAGUCGGAACAGCAGGAACUGAAACGUAUCAAAACAGAGGAUGGAGAGAGCAUAGUGAUAGCUGUUAACGUGGACACCCCGCCUGUGGCAGUGAGCGAUAAAGGCAGCCAGAACUAGAAACUUAGAGUUUGCUUUCUUUCUUUCUUUCUUUCUUUUUUUUUUUUAAAAAAAAACAAAAACAAAAAAAACAACAACAAACUCCGUGGUGCCAAAAGGAGACACUUAAAUAUAACACCUAAAAUCUUGGAACAUGUUCUCACGCAGUGGGGAAAGGGGCCCUGUGAUCAGACUUCAACGUUCAGCACUGAAAAAUAAACCAACACAGGUGGCCUUAAAACUUGGUAACUUAAAGUCAAACUGCAAAACAUGUUGUUCCAGAGGCUGUGACCCCGCUCCUCCCUGCCCCCUAUGAACUGUGUACGCUGAGAAGUACAGUGCUGGGGAGGGCUGCAGCUUUAAAAAAAUCUUUAUCAGAUUAUUUUAAGGACUGAGUAUCUCAGUGUAACGGCAGCAUGAUAAGCGCUUAGUGUGAACUGGGUUCAAACGAUUGUAUAUUCCUCAAAGGGAACAGAGGCAAGGAGCCAUUUCCUACAUCUUGGCAGCUAGCCUUUCAUAAUGACCUACCCAAUGCAGUUGUUGGUAGAUAUGCAGUAUUUUGUUGUUCACAUGUGGAAUUAGAAAUUUUUGAGGUGUAUUUUCAUUUCUUUGCAAAACGAUGGGGUCUUUGACAUUUCAAAUCACUCCAUUUCUACUCUGGAAACUUUGGAAUCACACAAUACUUUUCAUGUGAAAUUUUGUUUGGUAAAAAACUGAAUGUAGGGUUUUUUUAACCGAUGGAAUGAUUUACUUUUGUCUGUCCUCUUAAAGUUCAGAUAAAGCUACUUUAUUACAUCUGCAAAUUUUCAUAUUUUAGCAGUUGCCUGAUAAAUUUAAUCAAAUUUUAUUACCAUGUGUAGUGAUCAAAUGCUUCUUUGGGCUUGCAUGUAACUGAUUAGAAAUUACGAUGUAAAUGAGCCGUUAACUGACGUAAAGAACUGCUAUGAAUUUGACCAGAGCUGCACUUAUCUGUUUCUCUCUCUGCUACCUUUUGCUGUUUGUUACUUUGUGUUGACUUUGACUGUCCCUGGCAUAUUUUUCCAGUCUAAAGUAAAACGAGAGUCUCGCUUAAUAUUGUGUAUGUUUAAGAUAACAGACUGUUCUUCAUUUAGAAAAGAUAAAAUUCUUUAUCACGAGUCCUUUUAAAAAGAGAGUUAAAAUUAUCUUGUCAGAGGUAUAUUCGAUAUUUUUAAGCUUAAGCACCCGUCUGUAGGAAUUAAUCUGACCGGUUUUCUCCGUAACACUUUGGAUGUCAUACACUGACCCGGGGGUCUCCAUCCACAGUAGCUGUUGUGGUUUUCUAACAGUGGCUACCGUAUGAUUACAAUAAAAAAGACUUAAGUGUGUGUUCUGCAGUUGAACAUUUAAGACGUAGUGGCAAUUUCUCACUUCAAUUGUGGUAAUAGAUUCCACUUACAGUAAAAAACGCGAUCUGAGCAUAAGGCUGCUGUUCAGUCUUCAGUUCACAUCACGUCUCGUUUCUUCACGCAGCACGGUGAGUGAGAGCCGGCUUGAUUUGAACCUGACUUCUGUCACUUUCUCUAAUAAUGAUGCAUUAUUUAUAUUUCCUUUUCCGCUACGAAAGGAAAAGAACUGUGUUUUCUCGACGGACUGAACAGUUUGGAGUGGUUUAUUGAGGCAGCUUUUGGAACUAUUUACCUAAAGACCAAAUAUGAGAAAUCUGUACAAGUUUUGUGUUCAUCCACAAAAUGGAACUGUUACAAUGAUGUCUCUGCAGAUAAUACAUAUUAAAAAUCUAUUAAACAAAACCAACAACAGAACUCUACACAAGCUGAGUUUAUAACAGGCAUUUAAAAAAAAAGCAUAACCUGAAAAAAAAACCAUUUCUGUAAAACUGCAAGAUUUUCUUUAGAGGUUUUAAGAAAUAAAAAGUAAAGUUUUAACAUACUUUUUUUAAGAAAAAAAUCCAGUACUAGUAAUUUAAUUUGGUGUUGAAUGAACUGAUUAGAAUGUGGUUUAUUUUCCGAAGUGAGAAUCUGUUCACGACUAGGGCUAGGUGAAUAAUAGUGUAUAAGAUUUUUUUUAAAUAAAAUUAAAUUUUAUUCAGCAAAUUAA